GAAUAAGAGGAGUUGGGCACGGCAGCAAAGCAACCACAGACAGAGCACAGUCUCAUGUUGUUGCCGGAUGACGUUUUGCAAGACAGGAAACUAGAGAAGCAGAGAGUCAGAGCAAGUGCAGGCGCGGACAACUUUGUCAUCUUGAAGACAAACAAGAUUGUCUAAGAUAGUCAUAAGGGAAACACAAGAGGUCUCCUGUGAAGGUAUUUGAAUUUUGUUUGAUGCCACCUUGAAAGAGGAGACAAAACUUGAGUCACACAGCCUACAAAUCUGAAAUGGGCACUGAGGAGAAAGAUUCUGAGCCUGCAGCUCAACAAGUACUAAAGGAACAGCAAUCACCAGAGAAGGAAAAGGAAUCUUCCGUUGAGCCUCCUCCAGGGCAAAUAUCUGAGCCCACUGACCCGCUUAAUACCUACAAGUGGCAUACCGGCUCCAAGGGAACACUCAAUGAGGUAAAAGAUGAAGAAGAAGGGGCAGCUUGUUCAACAUCUACGAUCGAUAGGAUCCACAAGGCCUCCACCAACAAAUGGAACAAGAUGCAGAACUGGCGUAAGGCCCUGAGCGAGGAAACAGGAGAUAAAAAUUCAUCCAGUGGGAAAGGUGGAGAGGGAGCCAAGCCAGAUAAAGGCACCAGUGGAACCAGGAAAAACCCCUUCAGAAGGGCCCUGUCCGAGCCUCCGGGGUCACUGUUUGCAGCUCGGUCCCCUUCCUCCAGUGCAGCCAGCUCAGCAAAUGCAUCUUCAUCUUCGACCGCUGCAGAGGCCUCAGGGGUCUCCUCCACAGACCCUUCACAGAAAGGAGGUGGAGGGGCACUCCUAAAAAAGUACCUGAGGACUGUUUCCCAGAAGCUCAAGAGGCCCAAGCUGCAGAGUCGGAGCAGUACACCGACAUUACUACCAGAUGUGGGGGAGGUUGAAGUUACACCAGCUGCACACACUGAACUGCCACGACAACACUGGGUCCCGCCUCAGGAGGUCCCCUUAUGGGACAUUAGCAACUGCAUCCUCGAAGAUGGACAGAUUCUCAUAUCCCCAGAUGAAGAGCCAACAAUGUGGACCCGAAACCGUGUCAGCAGCUGCCUCUCCAACCUCAGCAUGCAGAACCUUGCAGAUAUCGACACAGAAUGUAGCCCUGACCAUGUGGGCCUGUCAGGUGGCUCUCGACCAAAGAGCCAAGAUGGUGGUGUAAGGGCACUGAUCAAGCGACGUCUGGAUAAAGAGGCCAAGAGGAACAGCAACACCCAACUAAACCGAAUGGGCCAAAACAAAGGGAGCAGGCACUAUGGUUCCCGGGAGUCUCUGUCAAUUCCAGUCAGGGCAGUGGAGAGUCUAGAUCUGAGUGCAGACACUAGCACUGUCAUCAGGCCUGUCCACAGCUCCAUUCUGGGGGAGAAAUACUGCUUUGAGGUGAUAAACUCUGAGAACACUCACUGCUUUGGCUGCUCCUCAGCUGCCGAACGUGACCGCUGGAUUGAGGACCUGAGGCGGGCUGCCCAGCCCAAUAAGGAUAAUAUUGAGCGGACAGAGAACUCCCUGAGUCUGUGGGUAAAUGAAGCUAAGGAUCUGGCACCCAAAAAGCGUUAUUACUGUGAGGUACACCUGGACGGGACCCUGUUCGCCCGCACUAGCAGCAGAGCUGUCGGCAAGCCGUCUGACCGCUCCAGCAUGGCAGGGGACAGCUCCACUGGGUCUUCAGGAGUCCUGGGGGCCAGUGGAGGUGUGGCUGGAGGGUGUCAACUAUUCUGGGGUGAAUUCUUUGAGCUAGACAACCUGCCCUGCAUUUCCCAAAUCACCUUGCACCUCUUCCGUGAAGAGGAUCCCAAGAAAAAGCGCCACUCUCGAGACGACUCCAGCCUGUACCCACUGGGUAGUGUGGCCAUACCUUUGGCUGAUAUCCGAGGGAGGACCUAUCAGGAAAAGUGGUAUCCAAUAACUCCAUACAAGGCCUCAAGCGCAGCGGGGAAGAAAGAGCUGCUGGGGCCACAGGCAUCACUACGCAUCAAGGCCCGUUUCCAGAAUCUGCAAGUGUUGCCAAUGGAGAAAUACAAAGAGUUUGCUGAGUAUGUGACGGUUGAUUAUGUGGAAAUGUGCAGAAGUCUGGAGCCACUCCUGAAUGUCAAGGAGAAGGAAGAGCUGGCAGGGGCUCUGGUCCAUGUACUGCAGAGUAUCGGAAAAGCCAAGGAGUUCCUCAUUGAUUUGGGUAGUGCAGAGGUGGAGCGUCUUGGAGAGAAGGAGGCACUGAUCUUCAGAGAGAACACACUGGCCACUAAAGCCAUAGAUGAAUAUAUGAAGCUCGUGGGCCAGAAGUACCUCAUUGACACACUAGGAGACUUUAUCACCCGUCUGUAUGCCUCUGUGGAGAACUGUGAAGUUGAUCCUCGUAAAUGCCCUGCCUCUGAACUGUCAAACAGCCAGAAGCACUUGAGGGAAACCUGUGAGGAGGUAGUGAGGAAGAUUAUUGAGAUCCAUGGACCCUUUCCUGAAGAGUUAAACAAGAUCUUCUCCAGCUGGGUGGAGCUGUGCGAAGACCAGGGCAAACCAGAGAUUGGCCAGCGUCUCAUCUCUGCGUCCCUCUUCCUUCGCUUCUUAUGUCCUGCUAUCCUCAGUCCUUCUCUUUUUGGUCUGGCACAGUCUUAUCCAGAGCCAAACACCCUGCGUACCCUCACCUUAACUGCCAAAGUCAUCCAGAAUUUGGCCAACUUCACCCUGUUUGGUGAGAAGGAAGAGUACAUGCUCUUCAUGAAUGAAUUCCUGGAGCAGCACUGGGAUGGAAUGAGGAGUUUUCUACAAACAGUGUCAAGUCUAGACUCAGAAAUCCCAAUGACUUCCUUUGAUGGUUAUGUGGAUCUGCCUCUACGUUUAGCUGUGCUUCACGGCCUGCUGGUGGAUAUCAUCCAUCAAAGGGACCAGGACACAAUUGACAAGCUGCACCCUCUGCCUUCGAUUCUCAACCAGAUAACAGAGUCACUCAGUCCUGAAGCACCUCGCAUCACAGUUAGCAGCCAAAAGGGACAAGUCAAGCCAGUGUAUGUUCCUCCUAAAGACUUGCACAACUACAGCCCUCUCCAGUCAUCCCUCCAGCAGCUUCCUGUGGACUCCAAAGGCCUGCGAGAAGGGGAAGGCAGGACUCGGAGGGGUGUGAAAGAGAGGAAGCCAGUCACCAGAACUCAGAGUGCUCCACACAGACGUCCUGGUCAAGCAAAACAAGCCUUGAAGAGACAGACAAGUUCUGAAGCUCUGCCAACACCCAACGAUGAACAAGAGAUGGAAACCAAAGAGCCACUUAUCUCAUCACCAAAUACUACUGCCAGUAUCAAACGUCCACCUGCACCAGUUCCCUGGAUCAAAGUCACUCCCAACAGAGAGCAAAGUGAGAUGAAGCCUGAGAAUGAGGAGCUCAACUUACUUGAUAGGCAUGCUCAGGAACUGUCAGAGCUUCGUCUGGGAAUAGAGCAGGUGACGGAGCGUGAGCUGGACAUGGCAAAGCGCCUGGAGGACUUCAUCAUCCAAAGCCAGGACCAGAAUGCAAUUCUGCAGGCUGAGGUGAACGAGCUCCGAAAUCUGCUAGCUGUGCGAGAGGAGCAGCUUGCCAGCGCCACCUUCAGGCUGGGUGUAAUUGAGGAAGAAAGGGAGGAAGAUGAGAGGAAGCUAAGUGUUGCCAUUGCAGCAGCUGAGCGAAUGAACGUACUGGAGGAGCAGUUUGCAAACCUGAUGAGGGACCUUCAGCAGCUCAGUGAGGCCUACAACAGUGCCCAAAACAACAUACAGCAUCCUGAAAAGCCACACAUUAACAGCAGUUGAACCAGCUUUAGUUUCAGUUUCGCAUAUUUACAUAUACACACUUCAUGCAGAAAUCACUGCCUUAGGUCGCAGUGUUGGUUUCCUGGUUAGAUGUAAGUAGAUUAUACAAGCAUAUUCUAAAUGGACAGUAGUGGGCAAACUCCGACUGUGAAUAUGAAACCUACAGAAUCUGUCUGCAUUUUUAGCUUUUACUGUAUCUCAGCUACAAAUGCAUUUGACUUUGACCUUUCUCAUAAAUAAAAGAAAUACAACCUGAA